GUAGUACCGCGCACGCGUUCAAGCCGGUUACAAAGUUUUAUCCAGUUCCAGUUGAGGCCAGUCGCCAGUCCGCCACCACAUACACUUUACAGUGUUGUAGUUGCUCGUAUACACAAAACAAUAUAACUCCUAUUUUUAAAAUUCUACACAUUUUAUAUUUAUAUAUACAUAGAAAAAAAAUCUGUGCGUGCAAUAAAUGAAAUUUGUUUUUACUUGUACAUCAUUUUAUAUCAAUAUACACGCAAAUAUAGCAGUUUAGCAAUAUAUAAAAUUUUCAAGUAUUUUUAUUGAUAAACGAAAAUACUGUUACUCUUGAAUAUUAUUCAUAUAAAUAAUUUUCUUUAAGAGUGGAAAUUUUCCAACAUAUAUUAAAAAUUGCAAACAAUAUUCUUUAGGCAACUAAACACUUGAAAAACUACUAAAUAAUAAUACCUGAAAUUUGUGCCGUGCAAAGUGUAUACCUUCAAUAGAAAGUUGAAGAAAGUAAUCAGCAAAACGAUUGGAAAUAUUUACUCGGAUUUGAACUUUUCGGACCUUAAUUUUUAAAUUAAAACCGACCCACACCUCUUUCUUAACAAUAUCAUUUGGCAUUAUGUCUAACUCAGAGUGGGACUACUCCAUCCAUAAUGGACCUAGUACUUGGGGUGAGAAAUUCCCUAUGGCAGCAGGAUCAAGACAGAGUCCUGUAAACAUUGUAACUAACCUUGUUGCAUGUGAUCAUGAAGCUCUUAUUAACAAACCAUUAACGUGGAAAUAUGAACCUACAUCUUCAAAGGUAUUAGCCAAUCCAGGAUAUUGUUGGAAAAUCGACUGUGAUGGCGAAGGCUCUUCCCUCACCGGUGGUCCAUUAAAGGAUGAUGUAUAUAAACUUGAACAGUAUCAUUGUCAUUGGGGUUGUAGCGAUUCAAAGGGAUCUGAACACACUGUCGAUGGACAAGCUUUUGCUGGCGAACUCCACUUGGUACACUGGAAUGCUAGCAAAUAUAGUAGUUUUGAAGAAGCUGCACAUGCAGCUGACGGUCUUGCUGUUUUAGGAGUAUUUCUCAAGGUUGGAGAAGAGCACGAGGAAAUGAAUAAAAUAGUGCGACUACUUUCGAAUGUCAUUCAUAAAGAUGAAAGUGUAGAAAUCAUUGAUCCCAUCGAUCCUAAUAAGCUUCUUCCCGUUCGGGGUGGACGUGCCGGUAUACAAAGAUGCAUUAAUCCGUGUAUGCGUUGGGCUGACCGAAUUAUUCGUCUUGAUAAUAACAAAUUGGAUUAUAAAGAUAACAAUGGAUACUGGACAUAUUUGGGAUCAUUAACAACACCACCAUGCAGCGAAAGUGUAACAUGGAUUCUUUUCAAGAAAUACAUACAAGUUUCUCACGAACAAUUGGUUAUCUUCCGUAGUUUAAGAAAUUUUCCACGAGGUGCAGAAUGUCCUUGUCAUGAUAAUCAUGGAGUGGUAGUUAAUAAUUUUCGACCACCUCAACCAGUUUCAGGGCGUAUUUUACGUGAUUGUGGCAGCUUUUAAAACUUGUCUGAGUUGAAUGAAAACAAUUUUUUUUCUAAUAUUAGCGAAAGAGGAAUCAUCGCGGUGGAGGAAUAGACAAAACAUGGUAGAACAUGAUAUGCAUUGUCACACACUAAUUAAAAAUUUCUCGACUUCAUAAGAAUUAUUGAUUAAAAUAAUUGUUUAGUUUCUUUACAACAAAAAUUUCAAGUUUUUCUUAAAGAUUUUAUUUCUUGUUUAAUUGAAUUGUAAUUUUGUAAGCUAAUUAUAUUAUUUAUAUAUACAUAUAUUUAGACCAAGAAUAUCGAGAAAUGUUUCUUUAAUUUUUUAAUACUUGUUUGUUCUCUGAUGGGCAUAUCAAAUAAACAUCUUUUUAAAUAUUAUAAUAUUUUUUCCAAGAGGAACCCGCGCGUUGUUUAUUGUUAGCAGGAAAAUCAAGUAACAUAGAAUAUCUAUUAAUCGAAAUUCUUUAGUGCAGAAUGCGGCAAACUAAAAAUUCAGUUCAACUGUAUCGAUUUCAAUUAAAUAAUCCUUGUUUACUUUAUAAAGGGACAUUGUGAAAAUA